CAGGCUGGUGCGGGACAGAGAGAACCCGGGAUGAGCCUCAGCCCUGGGGAAGGACGCAGGGCUGGGGCAGAGACCAGGCUGGGCUCGGCCUGGGGCGAUCCCCGCCGGAGCGGAGCUGAGAGGGGGAAGCCGAGCCCCUGGCAGCAGGGCGCGGACCGGUUCCAAACGCCGCCCGCGGGCGCAGGGCGUUUUGGCGAGGCGCUGGGGGCGCGGCUCCGGGGAAGGCGCAUGGGGAGCUUGGCCGGCCCCAGGAUAGGGGACGGGUAGCUGCUGCAGGUCGCGAGCGGAAGGGACCCUGCCCACGGGGGCGCCCUGGGGGGAGCCCGGCUGCAACCUCGGGACCAGGAGGCCAGGCAGCAGCUGCAGAGAUGUCGGUGUCCCGAAUCCCGAUGCCCAUGCCGAGGAUCCAGGCAGCAGGGAUUCCAGCCCCCCGGCCCAGACUUGGCAGAUAAAGCUACCGAGAAGCCCCCAUCGUGGAUCAGGGCUCUCUGCCCUGCAGACCAGGCCCGGUGCGGGAGGCGCAUGGAGGCGGGAGAAACGCCUCUGCCCGGCAAACACCCCAUGGAGCAGCAGCACCGCCCGGAGCUCCGGCAAGAGACGACGACACCCCCCAUCUUGGCACAGGCGGUACUGAUAUUCUCGCUGCUAGUGCUGCCCACCAGUGCCCGUCCUGUGCCCACCCCGGCGGAUGAGAGCGGGGAGGUUGUGGCCUGGCUGACGCAGUACGGCUACCUCCCGCCCGCCGAUCCCGUCACCGGUCAGCUCCAGACCUGGGAAGCGGUGACCAGCGCCAUCCGUGUGAUGCAGCGCUUCGCGGGCAUCCCUGAGACUGGGAUCCCAGACGAUGCCACGCUGGCGCUGAUCCGGACGCCACGCUGCUCGCUGCCUGAUGUGCUCCCGGAAAAGCUGCCCAAGAGGAGGAAUGGGAGGCUGUGGCGGAAGAGGAGGAAAAGUCGGGGCAGGCGGAGCGUAGGCCUGGCUUGGACCAAGAGGAACAUCUCCUGGAAGGUGAAGACGUACCCGCGGGAGGCGCGGCUCAGCCGGGAGACCAUUCGUGCGCUCAUGCACUACGCGCUGAAGGUGUGGAGCGAGGCCGCCCCGCUCACCUUCCACGAGGUGGGCGGGCCCAGCGCCGACGUCUCGGUGGAGUUCCUGCGCCUGGACCACCAGGACAGCUACCCCUUCGAUGGGCCAGGGGGCAUGGUGGCCCACGCCUUCUUCCCCGGGGACCCCCAGCGUGCUGGCCAUGUGCACUUCGACAGCGACGAGGACUGGACCUUCCGCUCACCAGAUGACUAUGGGACGGAUCUCUUUGCUGUGGCCGUGCACGAGUUUGGUCACAGCCUGGGCCUGGCGCACUCGCCCUCCAAGCGCUCCAUCAUGCGCCCGUAUUACCAGGGCCCAGUGGGCGACCCGCUGCAGUACCAGCUGCAGGCCAAUGACCGCGUGGACAUCCAGAGGCUCUACGGGAGCCGUGUUCUGCAUUCCACAGAGAAGCCGGAGGCAUCAUCGCUGCUCCCGGACCCACCGUCGCUGCCCCGUGACUUCCCUGCCUUGAGGUCGGAGAAGGAGUUCCCGGAUCGCUGCUCCUCCAGCAUUGACGCCGUCGCCCAGAUCCGCGGGGAAACCUUCUUUUUCAAAGGUCAGUACUUCUGGCGUCUGACCCACGGCCGGCACCUCACCUCCCUGCGCCCCGCCCUGAGCGCGGCUUUCUGGCGCGGUCUGCCCUGCAGCCUGGGCAAAGUGGACGCCGUUUACGAGAGGCACACGGACCAUCGGAUCCUCUUCUUCAGUGGGCCCCUCUACUGGGUGUUUAAGGACAACGGCGUGGAGGAGGGGUACCCGCGCCCCGUCACGGACUUCGGCCUGCCCCAGGGGGGAGUGGACGCCGCCUUCUCGCGGCCUCACGACUGGAAAACCUACUUCUUCAAGGGCGGGCUGCAGUGGUCCUACGACGAGGCCACGGGGCGCAUGGACGAGGGGUCCCCCACCCACACCACACUCGGGGGGCAGCUCCCCACCCCCAUGGACGAUAUGCUGAGCGGGAGUGACGGAGAGGUCUACGCCUUCAAGGGCCGGCAGUACUGGAAGCUGGAGCGGCACAGCCUCAAGCUGGAGAUGGGUUACCCUCGCUCCAUUGCCAGGGACUGGCUGGAUUGCACCGGGGAGCUCUACCCGCCACCGAGCGCCCCCACCAGCCCCCCCACGGAAGCCAAGCUGCAGCCGGACUGGCGGGGCCCCCCGUUGGAGGUGGAGCGCUGCAUGUGCCUCAGCUCGGCCCCCCGCGCCACGCUCGGCUGGACGCUGGCAGCGCUGCUGCUGCUGCGGGGGCUUGGCUAGGCUGCCAGCUGGGGCCGCCCACGCCCUGCAGACUAGCCCUGGGGGGCAGCAGGCCAGGCCAGGGUGCUGAUGGCUGGGUUCGGGUGCAGGGAAUCUGCAGGGGUGUGAGGCCUGGGCAGCGCGAAUACCCGCGAGUCAGGGCGUUCCCUGGGGCGGCCUGUGGUGCUCUGUCUGCAGGCAGCGGCAUGGGACGGGUCCCUGGGUGAGCAGCCGGGCGGGCUUGGCCAGCCUGUCUUGUGCUUGCUAACUGCCCACCGGGGCAGAGCUGGGGCAGGAGCACAGACCUCCUCCGCUCGCUUGGGGAAAGGGACAAGCACUAACGGCCUUCAGCCUCUCGUGGCUGGGUGGGAGGGUGCUCAGAUGGUUCAGCUGGGCCGGCGCCAGCCAGGGCCUGGCCUCAGCACCUCAGCCACGGCCUGUGUCCUGCAGGUGUCAGCCGCACCCAGUGCAGGGGGCCGAGUGACGGGCCCUCCGUGAUCCACUCACUAUGAUGCCAGCUCCUGCCGCAGGGCACCAGCUCUCCGUCGCCCUGACUUCCCUCUUCAUUACCCCAGCUCUCUGUCCCCUCAACUUCUGUCCAGGGCCGGCUCCAGGCACCAGCUUCUCAAGCAGGUACUUGGGACGGCCGUUCCGCACAGGGACGGCAGUUCCAGGUAUUCGGCGGCAAUUCGGCGGAUGGUCCCUCAUUCCGCCUGGGAGUGAAGGACCUCCCGCCGAAUUGCCGGCGCAGAUCGCGA